CAGUUCGGCUUGCACUUGCAUUCCAUUAAGUCCUUACAAAAUGAAUUUUAAAACGUCUUUGAUCUGUUUCGCACUGCUACUGAUUGGAACUCUAUGCUCGGCCUAUUCCAAUCAAGAACGUCAACGUGACAGUCGUAGGGUUGCUGAAAUUAUGCGAACCUCCUGGGACGACAAUACCAAAAUCAAAAGAAUCCAGGAACUACUUACCAUAUACAAUCGCAUGGCUCCUAGCUUAAGACCAGAUGAAAGGGCGAGAAUGGACAGAUUCAUAAGUGGAUAUACGGGAGAAAUCAUGGUCGAUGGAGUACCCAGUCAAGGUGGUGCUAGAAGGAUCUUUAAGAAGAUUCUGUCUCCGGCGGCAAAGAGCGUGGCAACUGGAUUCUUUACCGAACUCGGUGCAAGUCUUGCAAGCAUAUUAACUAGCUGGUUUCCAGCUAACACAGAACGAAACCAUUGAAAUCGUAGACAUCUUUUUUGUAAUAAAAUCAAUUCCCCACUGAAAGUGAAAGUGAAAGCAUUGAAAGAG